AGCAACUCCUUUUCCUGUUCUGCAGAACCAUCAUUCAGUUCUGUACACAUUUUUUCAACUUUAAUGGCAGAAAUUGAAAUCCCUCAGUAUUUUGUUUGUCCCAUUUCGUUUCAGAUCAUGGAAGAUCCUGUGACUACUGUGACAGGGAUUACAUAUGACAGAGAAAGCAUAGAAGAGUGGUUGCGUAAGGCCAACGAUUGUGUGUGUCCUGUUACCAAACAACCACUUCCAAGAAGCUCUCAAUACUUAACCCCUAACCACACACUUCGGAGGCUUAUCCAAGCUUGGUGUUCGGAAAACACGGCCAAUGGUGUUGAUCGAAUUCCAACCCCGAAAACCCCUUUAAGCAUGAUCCAAGUUCAGAAGCUUCUGAAGGGUCUUGAGGCUCCUCAUUCUUUUGGAACAUCGUUGGAGAAGUUGCAUGCUUUGGCUACACAAAGCCAGAGGAACAGAACCUGCAUGGCUGAGGCUGGUGUAGCCAAGGUCAUGGUCAAACUGAUUAACAACAAUUUCAAAGAUGGAAACACAAACGCCAGUUCCGUUGAAGAAGCUUUGAGAAUUGUUCAUCUGCUUUGGAACAACCACAGCAGCAUGAAACCUCUAGUUGGGGAGAGCUUGGACUUCAUCAACUCGUUGACUUGGGUUUUGAAGGUUCAUUUGGAUGACAGCAACAGCAACAUGGUAAACGAAGCAAUGCCCCUUUUGAAGUUGACAAUCGAGGUUGCUGAUUCAACCCUUUUGGGAAAUUUAAGCUUUGAAUUCUUCAAGGAAAUGGUGAGAGUAUUGAAGAAAAUAGAAGUAUCUCAGAAAAGUAUCAAAUCUGCUUUGCAUGUGCUUGUACAAACCAGCGUUUUGGGUAGAAACAGGACGAGGAUUGUUGAAGCAGGUGCAGUGACAGAACUCAUAGAGCUUGAGCUUGAGAAGCCAGAGAAGAACAUGACAGAGCUAAUAUUCAACAUUUUGGCUCAUCUGUGUUCUUGUGCUGACGGAAGAGAACAGUUUCUUAGACAUGCUGCCGGCAUUGCAGUUGUUUCAAAGAGGGUUUUGAGGGUUUCUGCUGCCACUGAUGAGAGAGCAAUUCAUGUGUUUUCAGUGAUUGCUAAGUUUUCAGCAUCAAACGAGGUUGUUCUAGAGAUGCUGAGGGUUGGAGCUGUGUCAAAGCUUUGCAUGGUGAUGCAAGCGGAUUGUGGUGCUUAUUUGAAAGAGAAAGCAAGAGACAUCCUCAGAUUGCACUCCAAAGUUUGGAACAAUUCUCCUUGUAUACAGCUGUAUUUGUUUACUAGGCAUCAAAGGUGAUCAAAAUUGGACCCCAAUGUCGUUUACAUGAAAAUAUUACUAUAUGAUCCAAAAUCAUUAUUUAGU